CUGCCGGCGCCCGCCCACUGCCCGUUUAUAUGGGAAACCUCCCGCUGCACUGCGAGUUGCUCUGCCGGUCGGGAGCGGAGUGUCGGAGCGGGGGCUGACACCGGGGAGCCGGGGACCAUGCUGUCGUGCCUGAGGCCGCUGCGGAGGUACCGCGACCCGCUCGCACUCGCACUGCCCGUCCUGCUGCUGCUACCGCUGCCCCUCGCCCUGAGGAACCAGGAAGCCUACUGUGGAUUCGUCGUGCUUCUGAUGGCCAUAUACUGGUGCACAGAGGUCAUCCCACUGGCCAUCACUGCCAUUCUUCCCGUUAUACUCUUCCCAGUGUUCGGAAUCAUGACGUCUAAAGAAGUGUGCAAGAGGUACAUGAAGGACACCAACAUGCUCUUCCUCGGUGGGUUAAUGGUGGCUGUAGCCAUCGAGACCUGGAACCUUCACAAACGCAUCGCGCUGAGGGCCCUCCUCAUUGCUGGGGUCAGACCAGCUCUGUUGAUGAUGGGCUUCAUGGGUGUGACUGCGUUCCUCUCCAUGUGGAUCAGUAACACGGCGACCACCGCCAUGAUGGUGCCCAUCGCCCAGGCCGUGUUGGACCAACUCAACGCCGUGGGCAUGAGGCCAGCGAGUGGACAGGCCACCAACGAUGUGGAACUGGAGGAGAAGAGUGCUGGUUGUGAAGUGUAUGGGGCAGCCCUGAGCUCUCUGGAUCCCGACUCCAAUCUGGAGAGGAACCUUCCCGCAGCCUCCACCUCCGAGGACGACAGGGAGCAGGUGCGGCUUCGGAAGAUGCUCUCGCUGUCCGUCUGCUACGCGGCCAGUAUUGGGGGCACGGCGACUCUCACGGGGACUGGCCCCAACCUGGUCCUCAAGGGGCAGCUUGGCCAGCUCUUCCCCGAGAACGGAGACCUGAUCAACUUUGCGUCGUGGUUCGGCUUUGCCUUCCCGAACAUGCUGGUCAUGCUGACGUUCUGCUGGAUCUGGCUGCACUUGCUGUUCCUGGGCGUGAAUUUCGGGAAGUCAUGGAGGAGCAGCCCUGAGUAUUCCCCCAAGGAGAAGGCAGCCUACAGGGUGAUCCAGAGCGAGUACCAGAGGCUGGGCCCCAUGUCCUUUGCCGAGAAGCUGGUCCUCAGCCUCUUCAUCCUCCUGGUGCUGCUGUGGUUUACCAGGGAACCCGGCUUUGUGCCCGGCUGGGGCAACCUCCUCUUCAACGGGAACGGCAAGGAGUUUGUCACCGAUGCCACGGUGGUGAUCUCCAUCACGUUCCUCAUGUUUAUCAUGCCGUCGCAGAGACCACAGCUCAGGCCCUGGGCUCAGGACCUUCAGGGUGCAGAGGAGGGCAUCGCAGCGAGGCAGCUGAAGGAGCAGCCCAGCGCCCGGCUCCUGGAGUGGACGCUCGUCCAGCAGAAGGUGCCCUGGAACGUGGUUUUGUUGUUGGGAGGAGGUUUCGCCUUGGCCAGGGGCUGUGAGGAGUCGGGACUUUCCAGGUGGUUGGGAAACCAAUUGCUUCCCCUGCAGAACAUCCCGCCGUGGAGCAUCGCCGCCGUCCUCUGCCUGCUGAUCGCCAUCUGCACCGAGUGCACCAGUAACGUGGCCACAGCCACCCUCUUCCUCCCGAUCCUGGCCUCAAUGGCCAGCCUGAUCAGAAUGAACCCCCUGUAUGUCAUGAUCCCAGGCACCCUCAGCACCUCCUUCGCCUUCAUGCUGCCUGUGGCCACACCGCCCAACGCCAUCGUCUUCUCCUACGGCCAGCUCAGGGUGUCCGACAUGGUCAAGGCAGGAAUUGCUCUCAAUCUGAUCGGAGUGGCUUCUGUGACCCUGGCCAUCAACACCUGGGGCCGGGCCAUGUUCAGCCUCGACACCUUCCCCGCUUGGGCCAACACCUCCCACUCACUGUGACGGGCAGCAGGGAGGUGACCCCAGUGGGAGACUGCUCCAGGGACAAUGCAACUCGGUGGACCAAUUCAUGGGGAAAGGCCCAGGAAUGGACAGCUGACUGCAGUGGAAGGUGUUGGCAGGACCUGUACCCUGGGGCUGCUCUGGAGUGACUUGGACCUUUUGUCAGUGCACAGAUUUAAAUUAAUAAAGCAAAGUUAGUGUA